CAGCUUCGUACGUUCUGUGAUGCGCCGUGCGGAUACACGUACCUUACUAUCCUCUCCUACAGGAAGCAAAGGGAACUGUUUUUUCGCACCUUGCGUGAGCGCACUGCGCGAAGCACCGCCUCCGUCAAGCAGUUGACCAACCAGCUCGCCAAUGACCCCGUAUCAGGGGAGGGGCAAUGGGACGCUCGUAUCUACUCUCUGAACUCGGAGUUCAAACUUAUUCGCGACACAUUGGAAGCAAUCGAAAUCGAAUUGUCAGUUGCAAACGCCGGAAAAAAUCGUUUGAUCAACAAGCGAAACCCAAGCUGCCGACUUCCUGAGAACUUAAUGGGGAAGAUAUUUGGCACUGCAAGCAAAUACACUGAACCCGAUGACUUGGAAGCAGAAUUUAGGACUUUAGAUUCCAUUACGGCCACAUGCUAUCAUUGGAGAGCAGUUGCAUUGGAUACACCAGCGCUUUGGACGCGGAUCAUCAUUAAGCCGGAUAAGUUCGACCCGCGAACGCAUGCAUAUCUCGUCCGCGCCAAGGAUGCUCAAUUACGACUCACAAUCAAAAUUUACAAUCAUUUCAUGCAGUGGAGCGCCCAACGUUUUCAAUCGUGGAUGCAGUCACUCGCCCCGCAUUUAAAACGUUGCGUUUCACUUUAUCUCGAAGUCCCUGACUACGAGGUGAUUCGGUCAAUGCUACCGCUAACUCAUCCGAUGCCUCUUUUGGACGAAGUCGCAUGGCUUGGGGGCUUGCCGUCUCUCUAUGGGGAAACCGAUGAUCCGCCCCCCAACCAGGAGCCUCUAGCCCUGUAUGACCCUGCCAAAUGCUCCCCCCGUAGCAUUCGCAUAUCACUCAUAGGAAGGGCCUUGCCUGUACUAUGGGACGAUGCCAUUUUGCUCAAACUCAACACUCUGGUAUUAGAAAACAUGGCUGCUCGCCCCACUCGUGAUGUGAUUGAACUCAUCGCCCGAUGUACGAACCUCACGCGACUUCGGUGGAAGCAGCGUAUCUCGGAGGACGAGGUAGUGACCGAACCCCUCCCGCCGUUCAUUUCAAAAAGCAUAGAGAUCCUUGACAUCGACGUUCCCGAAGUCAGCGACCCAGAGAGAAGCGUUCUUUGGCGAAUGGAGCUCCCGAACCUCAGAUAUCUUUGCAUUGCAUCAAGAGCCUCAGAUAUUCAAUGGGCGGAGACUUCGCUAGGCACUAGUUCACGUUUUCCUCGUCUCACUUCCCUAUGGUUGUCUAAACGCGUGUUCUCGGCAGAAGCUAUGACGGCGUUCCUCCAUGCCCAUCCCACUAUUGAGGAGUUUGGAUGCGGCGGAGGUCCUCAGACGGGAACACUUCUAUCCCUUCUCACACAGCCUCAACCUCAACCUCAACCCGAAAUCCAUCCAUCCGAGCCGUUGCCAGAACUUCAACCCGAAUCCAGCACAACAGAAGAGUCGUCAGCCAAUACUCAACCUCCACAGCUUCAUACCACCCCAGUUCACCCUAAUCUCAAGUUCCUAUACCUCCUCAACGCAGCCAAGGUGCACGAUUUAGGACGCUUGUGCGAUUCUGUCCGUUCACUCUUCCAGCGAAUGGAUCACCGCAAUGAUAGUUUCUCGCACAAAUCCGCGUCGACACCCAGCGUCAGUGCCAGUGACUCAACGUCAGCUAUGGUCGCAGACGUAGCAACAGGAUCGCCUGGAGUGAUGACAAUACAGUUGAACGACGAAUCAUGGAAUACUAGACACCACCUCAUUCCGGCGUCGCUCACAGAGGUUGAGAGGGAGUAUGGAAGGAGAAGACUUGUUCUCAGCUGGGGUGAGGACUCGGUACCGUGGCGCUUCCGGCCGAUUGGAAGAGUUGCUCUGUCACCAUAAGUGUUGACUCUGAAAUUUGGUCUUUUUUCUACGUGCGCAUUGAAGCAGCGUGUAAUGGCAGUGGUUUUUUUGGCGGUGGUGGAUGAGAGUUGGGCAAAGUCGUGUCAUGGUGAGGUAUGCGGCGGCGGCGAUGACUGUCAUUUGGAUUUCGCGAUCGUAUUGUUCUGUUUGACCAAAAAUUCUAGGAUACCCCACGAGAGAGCACGAAUUAUUACGAACCAGCGAGCAAGUAAUAAUCUAAUUCUACGCUUGUACUUACGUUUCUAAACGUCUGGAAGUUUUGUGCAAACAAUUUGGAGAUGUUGUGUCAAUGGAACUGCAAAUGUAUUAGCAUAGUACUUGUUCCUCGACAUUAAGUAUUGACGAACACUGCGCCCGAGAGAAUGAAUAU